AUGCCUGCAAUAAUUGCACCCAUUGGAGGCACAGAGAGAAAAGUCGACCUCCAGAAGAGGGAGAUCGAGUUGUUAAAAUGCGAGCUUGAAGAGGCACACGCACUGGCAGACCUCGCUGCCAAACCCAUUAUGAUGGGGGCCUCCCAGGUCAGGGGGAGGGGAUACGGUUCCGGGCCUCAUGAGGUGCAACCCCAUAUGGGGACUAGCGCACCAAGGGGCGGGGCACCGACUAUCCCGCCACCCCAUGGGCAGGCAACCCUGUCUGGGUUGCAUAAGGGCCCACCCUCAGGAGGGCAAACCCAUGUCAAGGGGAGAUGGGAAGACAGUAGGCAGCCAAUGACAGACCCCCAAAAGGGGACCACUACCAGAGGCAGCGGGCCACCAAGUACCAUGACACCCUAUGGGCAAGCCACCCUACAGGGAAGUGUCCACAUGCUUUUUGAGAUGGCCAAAGCCAACAAAUUCUCAGCCCAACCCAAGCUGAGAGCAAGCUAUCACCCCCAGUGA